GUGCCGCGCACCGCGUGUGUGUCUACGGUUUCGCGGAGCAUGGGCGAGGUGGACAACCUCUGAAUUCUGGAGGACAGUUGACGUCGUGCCUUGACGGAAUCUGCUCGUCCUGCUACCAAAAAAUAUGGAGAAUAAUUCCACAUCAACUCCAACUUCUGUCAACACCCAGGGGUCACGCCCUGUUGAGGAUGGACCCUCUGUCCCCCCUCCCGGAGAGACGCCUCCUUCACUCGUCUCCAGUAACCUCCCUGCUGCUUCCUAUCACCCCGCCACAUCGCCGUCCCCAGCAGAACCCAGAGGAACAGCUCAUUCCUCCCAGACAUCCGUCUCUAACCCGAUGGAUUGCCCUCCAUCUGCAAAGGGGACAACGCCUUUAACUCCUGCUGCGCCUUCUACACCCGUGUCCAGUCCCUUCUCUCUGCCUCCGAGCAAAGCUCCACUUGUUACCUCUCCCAACCGCUCUACCCCUCAAAUCGCCCACAUAUCAGCCCUUUCAAAGCUCACACCUGUUUCCUUUACGUCAGCUAGCUUGGCCUGUGACUCUCCGAUGGAUCCCCCUACUUCCUCCUCCGCUGCUUCCACUGAGGCUCCAGCGGCCUCUUCCGCCGACCUCGUGAAACGCAGCUUUGCCCGCAUGGCCAAGCAGGUGAUAAUACAAGAAAGACUUCGGAAAGCCGAGGACAAUGCCAAUGAUGAAGAGGAAGACGAAGAACCAGAAGAAGACUUGACCCUGGAGCAGAUCGAGGAGAAGGCCAAAGCCGGCGACGCCAGAGCUCAAACCCGGCUGGGUCAGCACCAUUUGAGUCUGGCUAAAGAGAAGGACACAGAGCAGAACAAUCUUCUGGCUGUCAACUAUUUGAUUAAAGCAGCUAAACAGGGCCGAAAAGGAGCCGCGAGAGCACUGCAGCGCUGCUGGAUCCAGAGAACAGGAAUCACCCCAGAGAAUGAGGCCGAAGUGCGCAAGUUGUCAACAGAGAGUGGGUUUGAGAUGGCGGUGCGUAAAGCCGCCAUGAUGAUGUACUGGAAACUCAACCCGGACAGGAAGAAGAAGGUGGCUGUGGCUGAGAUGCUGGAAAAUGCCGGCCAGGUCAACGCAGUGCAAGGUGGCACUGCCAGCCGGAUUCCUGGCCCGACCUCGAGCCAGACCCAGAAAGUUCUGGAGAGCAUGGUCAACAAUGAGUCCGCACAGAUGGUUGACCUGGACGACUUUGUUGAGAUGACUAAAAAGUACGCACAAGGUAUUGUGCCCCGAGCUGGCAGCCAGGUCACAGCCAAGACUGAAAGUCCCAAACCCGGCGACAGCAGCGGGGAGCACAAGGCUGUGGUGCCGUCGGGCUACAGGAAUGCCUUCAAACGUUCCUGGAGUUUGGGCCGCAGUGGGACGAUGUGGGACAAGAGGCAGAACGGGGCCAUGGAAAAAGCCAUGGACAUGAAGUCACGUUUGAUGGUGCUGCAGUACCCGCUGCACGGCAUCAUCGAGAUGAAGGAGCACCUGGUGGACUGGGCGUCGCGGGCCGGCGUCCAGUGGCUGAGCACGGUCAUCCCCACGCAGCACGUCAACGCGCUCAUCUUCUUCUUCAUCAUCAGCAGCCUGACGGUCGACCUGUUCGCUUUCGUCAUCCCCUUGCUCGUCUUCUACCUGUCCUUCGUCUCCAUGAUCAUCUGCACGCUGCGCGUCUUCCAGAGCAGCAAGACUUGGGAGAACUUUAGUGCCCUGACGUCUUUGCUGACCCGCUUUGAACCCCGCCUGGACGUGGAGCAGGCCGAGUCCAACUUCGGGUGGAACAACCUGGAGCCGUACCUCUACUUCAUCCUGUCCGUUUUCUUCGUCAUCUUCUCCUUCCCGGUAGCCGACAAAGGCUGGAUCCCCUGUUCUGAGCUCUCCACCGUGGCCAUCUUCUUCACUGCUGUCAGCUACAAGAGCCUCAACCCCACAGCCGCGAUGUACGCACGCCGAGCCAUGGUCAUAGAGGUUGCAUCAUCUCUGUGUCGCCUGACCCAGUUCAUGCCUGAGAACAUGCCAGUGCGUUGCCUGGGGCGCACCUUUGCCACUCUGCCACUAGGGGAGUCGGUGGUGCUGAAGCUCAGUCUCCCCUGCCUGCUCUACGUGUAUCUGUUCUAUCUGUUCUUCAGCAUGGCCAGGAUGCGCGGUUUCAGGGGCACUUACUGCAUCCUGGUUCCAUACCUGGUGUGCUUCAUGUGGUGCGAGUUCUCUGUGGUGCUCCUCCAGGGCUCCUCCGCUGUGGGUCUGAUGCGCACCUGCGUGGCCUACUUCCUCUUACUGUUCGCCCUGCCCGUUUUGGCUGUCGGCCUCGCCGUCAUGCUCUUCAUCCAGCUCUUCAAGUGGUUCCUGGAGCUGGAGCUGACGAAGAUCAUCGUGACCUUGGUAGUCUGCGCGAUCCCCGUCACCCUGCGGCUGUGGACGCGGUUCAGCCUGUCCAUCCUGGAUGUCUUCCGCUCGAUGACCCACCGCGGUCCGGUCAAGCUCAUCUUACUCUGCAUCUCCAUGGUGAUCCUCUUCUUCUCCAUCUACGUGUACCAUGCAGAGGGGCAGAAGGUGUACAACUCCACCCUGACUUGGGGGCAGUACAGCCACGUGUGCGGGCCCCCCGCCUGGGAAACCAAAGGCAUGGCCCAGACGCAGCUGUUCUGCAGCCACCUGCACGGACACCAAGUCACCUGGGCGGGACGUUUCAAGCACGUCCGCGUGGCCGAGACGGACAACGGGGCACAGUCGGUCAUCAACAUGUUGCCGGCGUUCAUGGGAGAGUGGCUGCGUUGCCUCUACGGAGAGACGUACCCCAAGUGCGAGCCGAAGAACGCCACACAGGUCGCAAACCAAGCCAAUCUGACAGCCGGUUCCCCGUCGGCGACCGUUGCACUGCCCAUACGGCUCCGAAUGCAGGAGGAGGAGGAGCUGUGUCAGAUCAAGGCUCUGGCCAAACACUCCUGCCACAUCAAGCGCUUCGACAGCCACCGCUUUGAGGUGACCGUGGGGAUGCUCCGGGACGGAGGUGCGGAGGACCCGACCAGGGAUGUGGUCCUAAUUGCCAGCCAUGAGUUCAGGCAAGUCCUGCUGAACCUAAAUCCUGGCAAUAUGGUGGAAUUCUGCACCAAGCUGGAGGGCCGCCUCGGAGCCAGAGCACCGGCCUUCGAGCUGAAGGCCAUUCACUGUCUGGACUGUGCUCCCUCCCUGCUGACGGGAAGCAGGCAGGUGAAGAUCGAGAGGGACUGGAGACGCACCACGAUGAGAGCACUGAAGUUUGCUUUUGAUUUUUUCUUUUCUCCCUUCAUGUCAGCGAAAAUCAGCACCUGACACUGAAGCUGAAGCAAAAAGGACUCACUUGGAUCUCUUUAGGAAGCCGCGCCGGCCGUUGUAUUGAAACGUGUUCGAAGAACUAAUGUGACUUGCGGUAAUGUUUACAAUUUGAUCCAACAUGGAUCUACUGCUCACGCAAACGUAGUGACUUUUUAAGUCGCCGACAGCAACUAGGGGAUGUUUUUUUAUUAAUUUUUUUAUACUUGAUAUUUUAUUUCGGUAUUUUUACAGAAAUACAACCUUCAAAAGUAAGAAUGCAUAAUAAUAAUAAUAAAUAAAUAAAAAAAGUAAAAAUUAACAGUGCAUCUGGCCAAGAAGGGCCAUAUGGAAAUACAAAAAUAGAAAUGUUAAAGCAGGAAAAUAAUUAGAAAUAAGGAAACAAAGUCCCAAAUCCUGUGAGGUUAGGGAGGGCAUGUCACUUGCCAACUUCCUUAUUUUGACAUAUAUUUUGUCCAUUUUGUCCAUCUGUCCCUUCUCAGUCUCAGAAGGAAGGUCAUUAUUUCCAUCUCGUCGAUUUCUUUAAUUAUUUCAGUCCAGUUUUCUGUUGAGGGCGGGUCGGUUUGUAAUCAUUUACGAGUUAUUGCUUUUUUUGCUGCUACUCUUAGUUUUUUUUAAAUAUUUGAAGUGCUUCCAGUUGCAUGGAUUUACAAAGAUUUUACCAUUUCAGUUCAUGUUUUCUCAAAAGCAGGUUAAAAAAAUGAAGAUCAGAUACCAGCUGGAAAGUGAAUGCAAGUGCCUUUUAUUUUUAUGGAGUUUAUGUGCAAUGGACAUUAAAGAGCUUGUCUUUCAAACCGCA